ACCUGUCGGUCUGCGGAGCAGCCUCCAUCCACAUGGCAUCAGCGUCCGCACGCGGCACUCACAAAUACACACACAUAUAUACCUGUCGAUCUGCCGCCGCCAUGACAUGUGUCGUCCUGAAGCUCGAGCGGGGUAGAAAAAAAGGAAGGAGAGAGUGCACGGCAAGAAGGAAGAUAUAAAGGAAGGAGGGAGUCGCCACGCACUCACCUUUGUCGUCCUCUAGCUCCAGCGGGAGAGAGAUCAGACAUACACGGUUGCACCUUUAGGUGCAGUGCCGAACAUCUUCUGCUGAUUUGUUUUGCAUGCUGACAAAAGUGUAAUGCUGCUGGCAGCCCUAGGCCACCCGUAUAGCACGAUUGAUGUCAGGAGUAUGGAGUGGAAACUGACCCAAAAAAACCUCGGGGAGCACGUCAACUCUCCCCUUCACAUAUCACACGGAGAACACACGCAGACUUAAAAAAACCUCGCGGAGCUUCCUCCCCCUAAUCUCCCGGUGCUCCUCCCCCCUCUCCCGGCUCAGUUUCCCCAUUCCCUCGACCCCCAGCGGCAGUGAUAUCAUGUCCACAUCUUGGGUUGCCUGCACAGUGAUAUCAUGUCCACCGUACAGCUUGGGAAGACAAUGCUCCAGGCAAUGGUUGACAGCAGUCUAGUGUCAUCGCUGCAUAAUGUAAAGAUCUUGAAGCUCGUUCUCCAUGGUCUUAGGUUAAAUCAUGUCAUUGACGUCCUCCAAUGCUUUCCCUGCUUACAACAGCUUCACAUAAAUACACUGAUGAGCCAUAUUCCAAACAAGCAGAACGACAAUCCAGCUGCUACUACUGUUGAGUGUGUUGAUAGACAUUUAAAGCAAGUAGUAGUGAGAAAUUAUUCACGCAAGAAACCUGAUUAUAACUUUGCCAAGUUUUUUGUUUUGAACGCAAGAGCGCUAGAGUCCAUGAAGCUCCAUGUCCCUUUUAGCUGGAACAACGAAUGGCGCUCUAGACAACGUAUCAAGAUGGAUUUUAAGAACAGAGCUUCUCCAAAUGCUUUGGUUUAUUUUGAGGGCACCGAGUGAGCACAUGAUCAACCGCGCAGACGAAGUGUCAAAUUGUGUACCCCUUUGGCACCUAUGUUAUGUUUUUUUUCCACAGUUAACUGUUGCCGGUUGUCGUUCCAUGUAGUUUGUAGAAACAGAAAGGUUACUUUUAUUUGUACUUAAUAACGUGAAGUUUACUUGUGAAAUUUCUAUGGUAUAUGAACCAUACCAACUACAUGCAAGUCCUUGUGGAAGUGUAUUGAGAAUUGUGCA